UGGGAGGACAGGGGAACGGGGCAGCGGAGCAGGUAUCGGAUUUGGUUUCGGGGACAUUGAACGAGUCCCCGAUACCAUGGCUAGUAUCGGCCCCGAUAACGAUACUAGUAUCAGUAUCGGGACAUCCCUACCUGGAACCAAUUAAUAUGUGUGUGGAGGGACCUGUACGUUGUAUAUGCCUAUAUUCCUGAUGUUUUAUACAUAUAUAUGAUGUGUCAACGUACCCUUAGUGUAUAUACCUAAUGUUUUGUCUAUAUAUAUAUAUAUAUAUAUAUAUGUUUUGCUUACCAAAUUACAAUAUGAGUCAUUGUCAGUCUAAUUUAUUUUAUUCCUAAUUUUGACUCCUUUCUGCUUGUGAUGUGAUAUUUACAUAUACAUUAUUAAUAUUAUUAUUAUUAGCAGGUUCUGUGUGAACAAGGCCCAACACGUUGGCUCUUUUGUAUUUUUUGUGGUAUUUUCUGUACUUUCCUAAUCUCACUAACCUGCCUGUCUGUGUCCCAAUGGAUGUAACUAAUAUAAAGUAACAUUCCUUAUAUAGAGAACAGUGCUGAGGUCUCUCCAGGUUCCUAUAAGGUGUCAGGACGUGGCGGUGUAUUUCUCCAUGGAGGAGUGGGAGUAUGUAGAAGGACACAAGGAUCAGUACAAGGAUCAGGUGAUGAUGGAGGAUCAGCAGCCCCUCACAUCAGCAGUCAGAUCCAGUAAGAGAACAGCAGCAGAGAGGUGUCCCCGUCCUCUUCUUCCACAGGAUCAGGAUCAGCUUAUGAAUCAGGAUGAAGAUAUGAACAAUAUUAGCGGUAUAAAUAUAAUAGUAAAAGAAGAGACAGAUGUGAGCAGCGAUGAGCAAUAUAUGGAGGAUGUACCAACAAAAAAAGAUCUGAUCUAUAUUAAUGCUCCAGAUAUAAAGGAAGAAGAUAAAGAGACAGAUGAGAGCAGUGAUGAGCAGUAUAAGGAGGACAUUCCUACAGAGAAAGAUCUGAUCUAUAUUAAUGCUAUAAAAGUAAAGGUAAAAGAAGAAGAGACAGAUGUGAGCUGUGAUGAGCAGUAUAAAGAGGACAAUUAUACAGGUAAUCGGCCAGAUAAAUGUUCCAGAAGCUCAGACGGACACGUGAAAUCUUCAACUUUUAGAGCAGAGGAUCAUAUCACACAAGAUACAUCCUCAGCAUCUAGGCAAAAAAAAAGCUACAUAAAGGGUGUUCGACAUAAGAGAACUCGCAAAGAAAAUAAUUCAUAUCCAUGUUCAGAAUGUGAAAAAUGUUAUCCUUUGAAAUCACAGCUUGUUGAACAUCAGAGAAUUCACACAGGGGAGAAGCCAUUUUCAUGUCGGGAAUGUGGGAAAUGUUUUCCUCGAAGAUCCACUCUUGUCCAUCAUAAAAGAAUCCACACAGGGGUGAAGCCGUUUUCAUGCUCAGAAUGUGGGAAAGGUUUUACUCAGAAAGCAAAUCUUAUUUGCCAUCAAAAAAUCCACACAGGGGAGAAGCCAUUUUCAUGUUCAGAAUGUGGGAAAUGUUUUACUGUGAAAUCGAAGCUUGUUAGACAUCUAAGAAUUCACUCCGAGAGGCAGCAAUUCUCAUGUUCAGAAUGUGGGAAAUGUUUUACCGUACAAUCAAAUCUUGUUGAACAUCAAAGAACUCAUACAGAAGAGAAGCGAUUUUCCUGUCAAGAAUGUGGGAAAUUUUUUACCAUGAAAUCAAAUCUUGUUAAACAUCAAAAAACUCACAAAGGGGAGAAACCAUUUUCAUGCCAAGAAUGUGGCAAAUGUUUUUCCCAAAAAUCAGUACUUGUCAGACAUGCAGGAAUUCACACAGGGGAGAAGCCAUUUUCAUGCCAAGAAUGUGGGAAAUGUUUUUCUGUCAAAUCAAAUCUUGUUCAACAUCAGAGAACUCACACAGGGGAGAAGCCAUUUUCAUGUUCAGAAUGCGGGAAAGGUUUUUCUCGGAAAUCACAUCUUCUUUACCAUCAAACAACUCACACAGAAGAGAAGCCAUUUUCAUCUGCCGUGAAGAAUUCCCCGAGAACAGUGCUGAGGUCUCUCCAGGUUCCUAUAAGGUGUCAGGACGUGGCGGUCUAUUUCUCCAUGGAGGAGUGGGAGUAUGUAGAAGGACACAAGGAUCAGUACAAGGAUCAGGUGAUGAUGGAGGAUCAGCAGCCCCUCACAUCAGCAGUCAGAUCCAGUAAGAGAACAGCAGCAGAGAGGUGUCCCCGUCCUCUUCUUCCACAGGAUCAGGAUCAGAUAAUGAAUCAGGGUGAAGAUCUGACCUGUAUUAGUGGUAUAAACAUAAUAGUAAAAGAAGAGCCAGAUGUGAGCGGUGAUGAGCAGUAUAAGGAGGACAUUCCUACAGGAAAAGAUCUGAAUAUAAAUUCUACAGACAUAAGGAUAAAAGAAGAGACAGAUGUGAUCGAUGAUGAGCAGUAUAAGGAGGACAUUUUUACAGGGAAGGCUCUAACCUUUAUUAAUGGUAUUAACAUUAUAGUAAAAGAAGAGACAGAUUUGAGCGGUAGUGAGCAGUAUAAGGAGGACAUUCCUACAAGGAAAGAUCUGAGCUAUGUUAAUACUACAGGCAAGGUAAAACAAGAAGAAAAAGAGACAGAUGUGAGCAGUGAUGAGCAGUAUAAGGAGGACAUUCCUACAGGUAACCUUUCAGAUUCUUGUACCAGGAGAUCAGAGGAGAAUCUUAUAUCUUCAGAUUAUAAAGCAGAUGAUGAUAUCGCACAAGAUACAUGUGAAGAGCGUUCCAUCGGGAAAUCAACACCUGUUCAACACGAGAGAGGUCCCACACUGUCAAAGCAACUUUUAUGCACAGAGUGUGGGAAAUAUUUUAGUAACAAGUCAAAUCUUGUGAAACACCGGAGAAUUCACACAGGGGAGAAGCCAUAUUCGUGUUCAGAAUGUGGGAAAUGUUUUUCUUUGAAAAUAAAUCUCGUCGAUCAUCAGAGAACCCACUCGGGGGAGAAGCCUUUUUCGUGUUCAGAAUGUGGGAAAUGUUUUACUCAGAAAUCAACGCUGGCUCUACAUCAGAAAGUUCACAGAGGAGAAAAGCCAUAUUUAUGCACGGAAUGUGGAAAAGUUUUUGUGGUGAAGUCAAAACUUGUUACACAUCUGAGAACUCACACGGGGGAGAAGCCCUUUUCAUGUUCAGAAUGUGGGAGACGUUUUACUCAGAAAUCCGCGAUGCUUGACCACCAGAAACUUCACACCGGUGAGAGGCCGUAUUCAUGUUCAGAAUGUGGGAAAUGUUUUAUUAAGAAAUCAUCCCUCCUUCUACAUCAGAGAACUCACACAGGAGUAAAGCCGUUGUCAUGCCUAGAAUGUGGGAAACAUUUCAGUCAAGAAUCCUAUCUUGUUGCACAUCUGAGAACUCACACAGGGGAGAAGCCAUUUUCAUGCCCAGAAUGUGGAAAAACGUUUAGUAAGGAAUCAUAUCUUGCAGAGCAUCAACGAACUCACACAGGGGAGAAGCCAUUUUCAUGUUCAGUAUGUGGAAAACAUUUUAGUCAAAAAUCUAUUCUUGUUCAACAUCAAAGAACCCACACAGGGGAGAAGCCGUUCUCAUGUUCAGUGUGUGAGAAACAUUUUAGUCAAAAAUCCAUUCUCCUUCGACAUGAAAUAACUCACACGGGAGAGAAGCCGUUUUCAUGUUCCGAGUGUGGGACUUGUUUUAUUAGGAAAUCCGGUCUUCUUCGACAUCAGAAAACUCACACAGGAGAGAAGCCGUUUCCGUGCCCAGAAUGUGGGAAAUGUUUCGCUCUAAAGGCAGAUCUUGUUCGACAUCAAAGAACUCACAUAGGGGAGAAGCCAUAUGCCUGCCCAGAAUGUGGGAAAUGUUUUGCUCUGAAAUCAGAGGUCAUUGUGCAUCAAGAAACUCACACUGAGGAGACGCCUGUCUUAUAAAAGAUGCAAAUAGUCUUUGAACCAAAAGUUGUAAAAGCCCGUUUAACCUCCUUUAAAGUGUCUAACAGAGAUAAGUAUGGGGGGGGAGGGGGGUACCGUAAGGGGGAAAAGAAUUACAAGAAUUGCUAGUGCAUCGAUAUCUUUCAAAUAUUAAUUCUUCUAAAAUUUGGCUAGAAACGUCAGCAACAGCUUCACACCUCUGCGGAAGAUGUUUCUCUUGUCCAUAUGUUCCAAUGACAAGCCCGAUUACGCAAUAUAAUAAUUGGCAAAACCAUUCGUGUCCUCUAAGGGGCACUAAGUUAUAAGCACUGGAGACGUGAUGUCACGCCACACCCCCUCCAUUCAUGUCUAUGGGAGGGGGCGUGACAUCAGUCACGCCCCCUCCCAUAGACAUGAAUGGAGGGGGCGUGGCGUGACGUCACGUCUCCAGUCCCGGAAACUCGGAGCUUUCCGAGACUGGAGCAGCAGCCCGGCACAGAACAUGCUGGGUGCUGCACAGAGAUCAUGGGGGGUCCCGGCGGUGGGCCCCCUGCGAUCAGACAUCUUAUCCCCUAUCCUUUAAAUAGGGGAUAAGAUGUCUUUGGCCGGAAUACCCCUUAAAAUUUCUGGAGUAUCUGUCGCCUAACCCCCCAAGGAAAUGUGUAUAUAUACAUGCAUACUACUGCUUUCAAUAUUCAAUAAUGUUGCAUUUUACGAUAUAUUUUGCUUUACUCUUUGGCUUAUACUAUUAUACCUAUGGUGUUUUUAGUUUAUGCAUACACCUGUUUAAUUGGUAAUUAUAUUGUAAAUAAAUAUUUUGGCUAUCUUCUGUUUAAACUCGUUGUUUUGGGAAUAAAAAUAAUUAAAUGAUAUGGCUGAAAGUCGUGUUUAAAAAUAAAUAAAUUAAAAAAAAAGGCAUACUCACCUACCCCCAUUCCUGCAGCUGCUGAUCCUCCACUAUUUCAGGUUACCGCUUGUCCCUGCUUCUUCUUCGUUCCUGAGAAGUGUUGUUUCAGUGUUGUUUGAACUGCGCGGCCAGCAUAUCAUUGGCGCCGGCGAUUUUCUGAGCAGGCAGAUCCUGCUAAGACGACUUGUCAUAUGAAUGAUGAAGAGGAGGGGACUGGAAGUGUCAAAGAGGCAGCUGCUGGGGGAUCAGGGUAGGUCAGUAUGUCAUUUUUUAUUUUAACACUACUACAAGUCAUAUAUACAUUUUUUUAUUCCCUGACAAGCCCCACUAUUAAUAUCUAGUAAAGGCACUUGCCGUAUUGUUUUGUGUGAUACAUUCAUAUAGAUAUUGUUGAGAUAUGUAAAAUAGUUUAUAGUUCCACAAUAAAUGAUUAUUUCAUUGUAGAAUUAUACUGGUAUCUUUUAAAUUGAUGCUGUUUUGAAGUCAAAGGGGGGUCACACCCUUUUGUUUCUCUUCUGUUCAUUUACUUUACAUUUUGUCGAUUGAUGAAAAAUAAACUAUUUA